AUGGCUUGUUUAGUUCACAAUUCACGUUAUCGUUGUUUAUUUCAUGCUGUUGUUAAUGAACUUCGAAAUGAAAAACAUAUUCCGGUAACUAUACUACGAAAUAUGCCUCGUCAAUGUUGUACAUGUAACAAUCUUGAUAAUCAAACACUAAUAAGUGUGACUAUUGAUGACAAAGAUAAAUUGAUCAAAUUGAAGAAACUUAUUGAUCAAAUAGAUCGAGAUAAAAAAGACAAUCCCAAACUUAUACUAUCAUUAAAUCGAUUAGAAAAUUUUAUUAAAGAAAAUCGAGUUUUAGAUUCAAAUUUAUCAUCAGCAUCGACAAUUGAUAAUGAAACUGAUAGACCUCAUAAUUCCUUAUCUGAAACACAAGAAAAUCUUACAAUGAAUACUAAAAGACCAAUAUUCAGAAAACAAACAAAACCUUCAAAACCGUUUAAAAAUGGCAGAUUUCUAUUUUUAUCAUAUAAAUUUGAUAUUAAACCAAGUAACGACGUAGCACUUGAAGCUGUAAAGAAAUCACAACGUGGUCGAUUUAUUGGUCGACAUGGUUAUAUUGCAUUAUUAGAAGAGCAAUAUAAUGUUCAUAUUAAUAUGAUAACACCCGAAACUAGUGCACAAAUUACAAAAACACUUGAAAAUGCGAAAGCACAACAAGGAAGUGUUACAAUUCAUAAUCGAAUAGAUCUAUCAGAGGGAGACGAGGGUGAAUGGAUAUUAGUUCGACCAAAAAUAUGUGAAAAACAAGCAGAUACAGUUGAUUAUGAAGUACUACUGGAUGAAUUAACAAAUCGAUGGAAAAGUUUCUCGAUAAACCAAAAUCACAAAAUAGAAGUGAAGAAUGACGAGGAACUUGAAGAAUCUCCAAAUGAACAAUAA